AUCACCAACAACAAUCUCUCCCUUCUCCUCCAAUCAAUUGUCCUCAUCCUUGCCACUUCUGACCAUCUCGAAUACCUGGUACCAUAGCUCUGCGCAGCGAGCAGAUACAAUGUCCAAAAACAAAUGAAUCGCCGUCCUCAACACACCCAGCCACCUUUCGAUCUUGGUCGAGCCUGAGUCAUACAACGCCGACUCACAGCCUCACUCCUAACUCAUUACUCAUUACCACUCCUGGUCACGUGCCAGAACAUGCAAUACCAUCUCAGCAAACACUCCGAGAUCAAUCUAUAACCUCUAGUCACCAUUCUCACCAUCCUCGAAACCGAUCUUCAACAUGCCGGCGCUCAAGCCACCUCCACCCAAACCUCGUGCUGGACAGCACCGAAGAGCAAUUCCUCGCGGGAGAAUUGAGGGUCUAGGCAGUCCAGCGCCAGGGUCAUUCCGGGCAACAACACCGUCCUUCCGACGUUCAUCUACCCCAAGCAUACAACGACCUACCGGAGCCAAAAUUCUGAAAUGUACUAAUCCCAGCUGUCCCAAUCCCCAUGUUGUUGAAAGUGAGCAAGGACUUAUUUGCGACACCUGUGGUGCUGUCGCCCUAGAGGAGUCUGGUCUUGUCAGCGAACAGGGCUUUGGCGAAACAGAUUCGGGUGCUAUCACAGCUUUGGGAGUACGCGUCCAGGAGGGCCAAACCCAUCAACGAACCUAUGCCACUGGAGGUGCGCUAGGAAAUGCUGGGCGUGAACCUACUGUCAAUCGAGAGCGAUCGGAAGCACAUGCCAGAACGAUCAUGCAGUCAUACCAGACCCUCCUCGGUGUUCGACAAGCCGAAGUGGAUGCAGGCCUGCAGCUGUUCAAGCUGGCCUGGGGUGUCUCCUUCGUUCAAGGCAGAACGAUUGACAGUGUCGCUGUCGUCUGUCUCUAUCUUGCAUGUCGGCGAAAACAUGAACAGAUCCAGAAUGAGCGACGUCCCAUGUACAGCCUGAUGCUGAUCGACUUUGCCGAAAAGCUCAACGUUGAUGUGUUUGCUCUGGGCAAGAUGUACACUGAUCUCGUGCGCAAACUCUUCCUCCAGGCUGAUGGGAGCGUCCAAGGAGAAGUCAGUUCUGAUCUACUGGCAAUGGGCCCAGAAGUGCUUGUGAGCAGAUUUGUCGACGAGCUUGAGUUCGACAAAGCACAUCGAGACAAGAUCAAAAUGGAUGCCAUCAGGAUCGUCCAGAGGAUGAAGCGCGAUUGGAUGUCAACUGGAAGACGUCCUUCUGGAGUUUGUGGUGCUGCCGUCAUUCUCGCAGCUAGAAUGAACAACUACCGUCGUACCACCAGAGAAGUUGUCUUGACAGCCAAAGUCACCGAGAUUACCAUCAACAAGCGCCUUGAGGAAUUCCAGGACACUGCCAGCAGCAAGCUUUCAGUCUCACAAUUCAGAAACAACUCAGUCCUCGAUGCAAUGGUCGCCUCAGACCCACCUUCCUACCAAAAAGCCCUCAACCCAAAACCGGUCAAGAGGAAACGAGGUCGACCGAGGAAACAUCCUCUACCGGAAACUGCCGCCGAGAUUGAGGGCUCGGCCACCCCAGAGCCCCAAGGGACGCAAGACCCAAAUAACCCGGAACAUCCAGCUAAGCGUAUUCGGGUCGAUGCAGAUGGCUACAAGAUCCCUGACAUACCUCAAAGACAGAUCCCGAUUGACCCUGCUUUGACUGCCGCUGAUAACGGUACUACCUCGGCCGAUACCUUGCCUGAGGAGGGGAACGCAGAUUCUCCCAGUGGCGCUCGCAGACAGCGAGCUUUACCUUGGAAAGCACCUCCUCCAUCAGAAGCCGAAAUUGCCAUUGAGAAUGAGAUUGAACAAGACAUACAAGCGACACUGCGUGAAAAUCCUGAACUCAAUCCAAACCACAGUCUGGAUGAAGACUCACAGGCAAGGCCAUCCAAUGACGGAGCCCCUGCACAGCCAACUAGCGACAGCAUCAACCCGCUCGGACCCAGUAUCAAAGACAAGACGCCGGGACCGGCCGUGAACACGAAUGUUGGCAAUACGGGCUAUGUCUCGCUCUCCCCGACCCUGAAAGCCGACGAAUUUGACUCGGAUGAGGACGUGUCUAUGUGUCUGCUGAGUCAUGAAGAGUCCCAGAUUAAGGAGACGAUUUGGGUGAGUAUGAACGCCGACUGGUUGCGACAAAACAACGCCAAGCGCAUCAAGCAAGACCUCAAGGAAGCGGACAUGCGUGCACGUGGUCUUGAUCCUGCGAAAGAAGCAUUGAGAGAGAAAAUGGCCAAGGGGAAAAGAAAGGAUGGAACCAAGAAGCCCGGACGGAGAGGUGAUGUGAGCUAUUUGAACAAAGGAGGCGAAGGAGGCGAUGCUGGCCGUGGCGAGCGCGAAAGAAGUGCCGCCGAAUCCGUGCGUGAGAUGUUCAAGACUCGAGGCGUGUACUCAAGACGGGUGAAUUACGAUGUUCUCGACUCCAUCUAUGGAAUUGCUGGGGGAGAUACCAGUGGUGAUUCGCGAAGUGAGAGCGUGGUUAGUGACCUGCCUCAGGACGCCCGAGAGGGAAGUGUUGCAAGCACAGUUGCUUCCCUCGGGCCGGAGGCGAUCUUCCGCGGAAACGGCGGGCGAGGGUCGGGAAGAGAACGGAGCCGAGCUUCUGUUGCGGCGGAGCGGAGAGAGAGGAAGCGAAAAGAGCAGCGCGAAAGUCAAGCUCGAGAUCAGCGAGAAGGAAGUGUCGCGUCAGCGGAGGGGAGUAGGAGUACGAGUCCUAGCGGCACACCCGCAGGAGAUCGAGAUGAACGUGAAGCUACAGCAGAGCCGCAACCCAAAGCUAGCGGAACGAGUGCGGACCCUGAAACCGCUGAGCCUGAGCCGGAGCCGGAGCAACAACCGACGCCCCCAGCGACGCAGAGUCAAGGACCUCCGCCAAUCCGUACCAGCGAUGGGAUACCGAAAGUGGCAUCUUCGUCACGCUCUCCACAGCAGUCGACGCCUCCCGCCACGCAAAGCCAAGGCCCACCAACUGUUCGCGCUUCAGGUGGCAUACCGACAGUUGCGUCCUCAGCGCAACCACGAUCGCGACAGCAGCAACCUUCGACCGGCGUCCCGACAAUAAACUCCUCUUUGGAAACAGCAACCAUGCGAGACUCGUCAGAUCAGAUGGCCUUACCCGAAGAAGAAGCUGUCGAUCCUGUAUCUGGUACUGCGGGACAAUCCAAAGCGCCCCUUGCCGCAGCAUCCUCUCCAGAUCAGGGAAGUGAAGCAGAUACAGGAGAUGAUGACGACGACGCCGAAGACAAAAGCAUGCAAGACCCAGAUGAAGACGACUACGUCCGUGACGAUGUGGAUGAGGACAUCGACGCCGCCUUCGAUGGGCGGUAUGGUGACGAAGAUGAUGAUUAUUGAACACGACUGCUCGCUACUACCUCAGAGGCUUUCUAAGGAAGACGCCGACCGCAGCGCACAGCUAAUGGUAAAGCUAAGGCAAGAUGGGAAUGCGAACGCGAACAAGAGUCUCAUUCAUGUGUCCAAUUGUGCAAGGGACCGCAUAGGUGCGUUGUCAGGUUUCGACCACAGCACGAAGUUAGGCGCAAUGGGUAAAUGAGCUUGCCGAGACUGCUGGCAGUCCUCAAGGCAGCGGAUCGUUGAGAUGUGGUCUUGCUUGCGAAUGGGAAGCGUCUGCCAUUUGCAGACGACAGAAUACUCGGACAUUCGCGGGAGGGUAAGGCGACAAGAUGCGCUUGAUUGGAGGCACUCCUGCCGUUUUGCAGCGUGGCCAAUGCUCAAUGUGGUCGGGCAAAGGGAGCCAAAUCACGGUCCACAGAACAAUUAAAUAUUAGAACGAAUGGCAUGAGACUACUAUGUAGA